AGUGACAGGAGCGGGCAGUGACGCUGGCCAGCGGGGGCCAGUGUAAUUCAUCUCCUAAGUAUUUUAAAACGCGUGCUUCGGUUUUGUGCCAAUUGCUAAGUGCCGGAGCCGCGGUGGUGUUUGAAGACCAAAUUCCGGAGCGCUACCUUGUAAACGGCGAAUUACAUCCAUUAAUUAGGAUCCGCGUUCGCUCCCAGCCGCGCGUUCAAGCUCAGCCCACUGUGGCGCUGACCGCGGUGCUGAAGCUGCGCCUGAGCUGCUGAGGAGUCACAACAGGAACGUCCUCCUGUCUUUCGGACACAGGUUCUCAGCCCAGUGAGGAGACAAGAGAAACUCUCACACCGAACUGAACACGACGCUGCCAUUCCGAGUGAGAUGUCGAAGGGGAACCUCCAACGCCUGCGAGGCUUACAACCGGGCUGAGCUGAAGAUUUCACCUAGAGAUUCAAAGACCUGAUGAGGGGAUUUAAUCAAGACACUUGAGACAGAUGACAGGACACGGAUGCGUCUGGACGUGCUCAGAAAGUGUCCGUGAGGAUGACCUCUUUGGCCAAAUAUCUAAAGUUAAGUGACUUUCUUUAAACGUCGACGGCUGCGCUGUGUUAACUUCCUCAGUCCUCUCGUGCUGUAAAUGGAACGGACGGACGGAUGAAGGUUACCUGAAGCGAUUUGGAUUCUUUUACGUUUACGAGACGAAACAGUACCACAAGCAAGACAUGGCUCGCCUCUUUCUUCUCCUUAACUCAGUCGCACUGUUGCUCUUUGGCACUGACAUGUUUCUGGUUGGAGCAAACCGCCCCCCUGCCCCAGUAAAUGUGUCAGUCAUGAACCUGAGAGCCGACUCAGCAACAGUGUACUGGGAGGUUCCAGAAGGUGAUAUCAUCAUUGGCUUCUCGAUCCUGCAACAGAGGCAGGAUGGCCACAUGCAGCGGUUUAUCCGAGAGGUCAACACCACUAGCAGGGCCUGUGUGCUUUGGGACCUGGAGGAGGAGACAGACUACAUAGUCCAGGUCCAGUCUAUUGGCUUGUAUGGAGAGAGCCAGGCCAGCAAUCUUGUCCACUUCAGAACUCUCAAGAAGUCUGACCGCUUCCCUUCCAAUAGCUCCAACCAAGAUGACCCAACUGUUCAAGGCCUGGACAAGUCCAGAAACCUGCAAACAGGAGAGAUGAUCAUCAUUGUGAUUGUGCUCCUCAUGUGGGCAGCGGUCAUCGCCCUCUUCUGCCGGCAAUAUGACAUCAUCAAGGACAACGAUAACAGUAACAGCAAGGAGAAGGUCAAGCCAUCUUCUGAGAGGAGCACCCCAGAGCACCACAGUGGAGGACUUCUCAGGAGCAAGUUUCAUCAGUCCGUGCCAUCUAUCAACAUCAUCGAGGUCUAAAGGGACGAACGAGGACUCCAGAUCUGCCCUCCAUGCUUUCGAAACGAUGCUACAUUGUUUUAAACUCUCUCCACCGUAGAGGAAUCCCAUGUGGAACAGACCAUUAGCUAAACCGCUAUAUUGGCUGCCACUGAAGCUGAUUUACCAGAAAGUCCAACCCAUCAGCCAUGAACACACCCCACAUACAAAACAUGCCAGAAGCAAUCUAAUCUUGUAGGGCAAUUGUGCAUAAAGUGAAAAGGUACUGCUGUAUUAUGACAGCCCGUUCUCAUUGGAAUCAGUGUUGAUUUGUUGCAAUAUGCCAUUUCCAUUGUGCUCAUGAGACUAGAUGAUUACAUUGUAUUUUUGAUAUGCUUCUGUAGAACUUCAGCAGGGUUUUUACACCUGUUUCAAGUUGUUUAUUUUAAGUGCAUGCACCUGUCAGAGUCGGAGAGCAAGGUGAACCUGCUGAGUGGAGCCAGGCCUGCUCUCCGGCAGAAGAUUCGGAUUCCGAAUAGGCAGUCGAGGCCAUCAUGGGCAAAGCAGAGCCCUACAGUGAUGGGAGAUUUCUGUUCAGCAAUGGAACAUAACACGCUCAAGGACUUAGCACAUGUACAUAUAAUGAGUUUUCUCUUGUAGAGACUUAUGACAUAGAAAGGAACAGUACAGAAAGGCACAUCACUGCUGGAAUGGAUAAACAAUGAAUAUACGAUCUGAAAUGGCUACAGCCAGAAGAGCUUGCUGGGUUACACAUGUAUGGAGUUUGUUCGGCAGUCUGGAACACAAAAAAACAUGUCCAAGCUGUUCUCAGAAAUCUGUAGAAAUGUGUAGUUUUGUAUGUCCAACAGAAUCCUUAUAACCUUGAAUUAUAUUGAUAGAACUAUCUAUGUAAACGUUAUAGUGUUUUGAGAUUAUGACUACAGUUGAAUAGAAGAACAAUCAAAGAAAUAUCGGUUAGGAUGCAUGCUAGUCAUAGACUUGUAUAUACUGUCUAAUAAUAUUAAAUGCUCGCAAACUCAUUAAUUGUACAUAAGAAAACACAAAAAGUAGCCUUUGUUACUUCAAAAGGUAACUAUAGAAAGUCAACAUUUUUUCCAUUGGCAUUCUUUCUUAGCAAUAAAAUAAAUAUACAUCUGCUUUCUCAGUGAUUUUGAACACAUUCUCUAGCAGUAAAGUCAUUUAAACACUACAGUGCUUUUGGAAAUUAGGCCCAGUUUGAUGACAGUAUGAUAAAUAACGCUAAAUAAUUAAUGAACUGUGUAAAUAGCCAUACCUCCUCUAUCAUUUAAAACGCACCCGCAUAAAUCUUUUAGAGACCGUUUUAGAGACCUCCCUAUAAUUCAGACCAUGUUACCAAGAUGAUGAAACCAAAAAUGACACAUUGCAUGUACAUUCAGAAUACUAUUGAAAUUGGUUUUAUAUUUGUUGCUCUGUACAUUUUCAUGCCUUGCGGGAAAAUUCAACUGAGUAGAUUUUGGUAUCUUCUAUUCUGUUCUGUUCUGUUCUAUUCUAUUCUAUGACAAUAAAGAUUCAUGAAUGAUGUGACUUAUUAUGUGGA